AGGAAGUGUUUGUGCCCAUCAUCAAUCAAACAAACAAACCAUCAAAUGGACAAACAAACUGGUGAUUAAUUGUGAAUAGAAAAUAUAUAUCUAUAUAUUCAUUUGAUUGCUUUCGGAGAGCGGAAAAAAACUGUCAUCGACUGGAACGCCAAAAAAUAUAAUUGAAUCAAUAAAUAUUCAUUCAAUUAAUUUACAUACCGGUCAUUAGUCAAACUGGGCGUGUGAAUGAGGAGAUAAAAUCCCUAUUGAAAGUCAAAAAACAUAUUUGUAGUUCAUGAAAAAAACAAAUUAAAAUCGAGAAAAAAAUAGAAAGAAAUAUAUGGAAAAUUUACCAUGGAUGUUUUAGUCCAAGAAAAUGAAAAUUAAUGUUUGUAAAAAAAGUUAAUGCAAACUGUAUAAUGAUUUAGUGACGUGAGCAAAAAGAUAAUAAUAUGAAACAAGGAUGACGGAGGAUCAUUGGCUGUGUUAAGUAGCACCUUAUAAAGAUCCCUCACGUGCAAAGAACAAUAGCAGUCAGCUCAGACGUCAACUGACUAAAUGCAGCCAAAAAAAUUAUAAUUAGAUUUUUUUGUGGAUGAGAUUAUUAAAACCUUGAUAUGACUAAGGGUAAGAAAUAAAAUAAUUACAACAAAAUUAAUGAAAUAAAAAUAUAAAAUUUAAUUAAGUAACCUGCAGAAAUUUAAAAAAAUUAACUAGCUAUAAUUAAUCAAUCUCAAAUUUUACCCUAAGGCCUUCCCGUAAUACAUUAUAUGAUAAAAAAAAGGAAACAGGAAAACAAAGGCGACUAACAAUUAAGCAUUGGUUGUGCUUUACCGCCAUUAAAAAACAUCCUUUCUGUGCCGCAAAAAAAAUAACAUCGUUCAGUCAGGAUAGGUGGACACCGAGUCAAAUAUUGUGAAACAGAGACAUAACCAAAUAAAAUAGAUCAAGAAGCUUCCUAAUAAUUCGUAAUAUUUUAUGAAAAGUCUGAAAUAAUGGCUUAAAUUUUCUUUUUAAAAAUCUGAAUUAAUGACUCCAAAUAUUCAUAAAGAAUCUUUUUGUCCAGUGAAAUGAAAUAUCUGACAUCGGUAAUUGCGUUUACGAUGAACAGUAUGUUAUGAAGAGCCGAAUUAUUUCAAACCCAGGAAGCUUUAGCAAUCUGUAGAGGCAUCCUAGUAAAGAAAUAAUUCUAAACAGGACUUGAACUGACCUCGUGAGUCGACAUGCGAUCUGUUCGGGAGAGAUGACCUGUUGAAGUGACUUAGAAUGACCGUGGACAACGACUGGGACAAGUGACCUGGAGAACCGACGCGGAUAAAUAACGAAGAAAAACAAAAUAGAGAAAAGGCCUGUCAGAAGAAACCCGGAGAAGAAAGGGAAGAAACCUCGAAAAGUGACCUGAGGAAGAGAUCUGAAGAAAAGACCUGGAGAAGAGACCUAGAGAACAAAGAGAAGAAGCCUAGGAAAGCGUCCUGAAGAACCUCCCUUGAGUGUCGACCAAGAGCUGACUUGGAAGUGGCCUUGAGGUGACCUGAGUGACCUUGGGGGUGACGUGAGAGUGACCUUGGGGGUGACCUGGGAGCGACCUUGAGGUGACCUGGGAGUGACCUUGAAGUGACCUGAGUGACCUUGAGGUGGGCUGAAGGAGCAUAUCGACCUGGAGAAGCAACGUCUCUAUGUCAGCCAGACCUUGACCACCACCGCUACCACCACCAUCAACUCUACGUCGGCCAUGCAGGGUGAGAAAGUGAGCGGGCGGGUGGCGACGUGGGUAGCAGGCGUCGUGGGCGUGUGGGCAGGUCUGGCUGCUCUAGGGGCCCUGGUGGCAGCCCUCAUGUCCCCUCAGUGGGCCCUGGUGAGGGAGCCCAUUGUCCUAGCGGAAAGUCCCAGCAGGGAGGCGCAGGAGGCGUGGUUGAGGGGUGCAGAGAGACACGAGAGCUUCCAACCUGUCGUUACUACCGUCACCUUCCGUCUUGGGCUCUGGACCGCCUGUCCUCACAUCAACACUUCCCAUCUACAAUUCUUGGUGAUGUCGCCGCCGUGUAGCAGUGUUAGCUACACCUACCAGAGGGUGAGUCACAGAGACCUUCAGUUGCCAGCGCCAGCGCCCCUACUACAGACCGUCAUGGCCAGGAUGAGCUACCGUACGCAGGUUGUCGACGCCGUUCUGAGUGGCAGCGUGGUCUGCUGGGCGUGGCGUGUCUGCUGGCGGUGGUGGCGCUGCUGCUACGCCCACGCUGCCUUGGUGGCCCGCCCUCUCUACUCCCUCGGAGGUCUAAGUGUGGGCGUGGGCGUGGUGUGGUUCGUCUCGGUUGUGUCUGAGGAGUACGGUAUAGCUUCGGGCAGAAGGACCAGUUGGGCCGCCAUGUACGCUUAUCGUUACGGCUGGGCGCUCAUGGCUGCGAGCAGCGCUGGUGUAGCCGCCUUACUGGCCGCCCUCCUCACCGGCCACGCCCACCUGGCUCGCCACGCCCCCCUGGUGGCUGGGAUGAAGACACGGUCUAGCAGCACAGAGGAGAGUCUGGCUCGCCCCCUGCUGAGGUGCCGCAGUGAGGGAUGUCUGGGCCAGCGAUCCUUCACCUCGGACACCAUCAGAACCUACCUCACCUGUGACUCCCGCCGCCACCACUCCCGUGGCUGUCUUCCUCCUCCCCCGCCCCUUCAUCAUUGCCCCUCCAUUGUCGACCUCACACGCCCUCUGGAGGACCGACGCCCGUCCGAGCCACCCCAGUCACGUCGCUCCUCACGAGCCACCAUCCUUGGGGACGAUAUUAUUCGUGACCAUCAUAUCCAUCUUCAGCAGCAACAGCAACACCAAAAACAACAACAGAAACAACAACAACAGUCAAAACAGCAGCAGCAAACACAACAAGAACUGCAACAACAACAGACACAACAGCAGCAGCAAGGGCGAGGCUGGCCAGUGGAGACGUCUCGAGUGAUCAUCGAGGCCCCGCGUGGUGCACUGACUCCAGUGGUGCCUCCCCCACCUCUGAGCUCCUCCUCCUCGUCUACCUCUCCGUUGGAGCCUCCACCUCCCCUGCCGCCCACCACCAGGGUAGGUGGUGGAGGUGGGUCAAGGCGCCUGGGUGAGGGAGGCACCAACAGGCCACUGUGCGAGCCGCUGCGCCUACCGGAGUACAACUCGUUUACAGCGGGCGACUACAGCCGCACGCUGCCCACAGAGGGCCGCCAGAUGGCUGUGUUUGAAAGGCGAUCAGGUGGACGCUCCGCCACCCUCACCCGAUCCACUACUAAGAUAUCCUCGGAAGUAUGAGGACCAGAUGCCAUAAGGCAUCACUCUAGGCGAUAUUCUUAUGACCCCGGGGGGGAAACCUGGGUAUAGUACCGUACCGUACCGUCAGUGUGGACACUCACCAGUGAACACUACACACUGUUCUCACACUAAAAUUCCCAAAACUUACAGCACAUUACUGUACUGUGUAUACAUAUACGAUAAACUUGUAAGUUCCCGACGUCUCACUAAGUUUUUUUUUUACGAUAUCAACUGACGGGAAUUUAUUGCUUACAACGCAUUAAGUACUGUACUGUAUGUGGUUCAUGUAACUGUGUGUGUUAUGGUUCCUGGAUCUCCACAACGUAAACACUAGUUAACUCAUUAAUGGCCUCUUGAAAAACAUAUGUAAACUUUCAUGAGUGAGAAAAAAGAAUAGAAUAACAAAUCUCACCCAACAUCAAUGCAAUACUGUCUUGGUGAAGAACUGUGACUCUUCUCUGUGCUUCAUGUGAGGUGGUGGUGGAGACGCCCUCCCGCCCACUCUCAGCUUCUGUAUAUAUGUCCUUGAUCUUACCUAUUGGUAUUCUUGUUCCCAUUACUUGUCCUUUAAACAAGCUACUAUAUGUCCAUUAGCCUAUCCUGUGUGCUACAUUUCUCCACAAAUGACAGUGAUGGGAGAGUAUACUGUAGUUGCGAGUGUCUGCAGCCAAGCUGAAAACCCUGGAGUUUGACGCUCCUCUCCAUCAACUCACAACUCCGUAUAUUUUUCAGCCAGGAGUCAACAUUUACCUCAUAUAUUAGUCAGUGGUUGGUGCAUUAGAUCAACGAUGUUGUUUCUGGAGGUAACAGGUGGCUUUGUUUAUAUUUACUUGACUUUUAUUUUAUAUUUUUUUAUGCAGGAGCAAGUUUGUAAAGCUCGACUUCUCUAAUCUUCCCUAAAACAAACUUAACCAAGUCUGGAAGUUGAUAACUUAUGUUAGGUGGAGAAGAACGUGGAGAGCAGCUGUGACAGAGUUUGACAUCUUUGACGCGGCUUGAAAAUGACUGCCGUACUAGGGCCAGCAUGAGAAAUUAACAGCACUUGGCAUACACUCCACCACGACAUGUUCACUGUGGAAGGUUCGCCCGCGUUUUAGCUACAUUGGCACUUUAUUUAUCACACCAGCAUGAAAGUAAGACCAGCACCACAGAAAUGUUUGUUAUGUAUCGUGACCAUUUUAGCCAUGACCCGCCGCUAGACUGACAGUAUGUUCUUUAUUACACACCAACCAAUAUUCAUCAUCAACAUUCCACAAUAUUAACAUUUAGCGUAAUAAAUCUUAAUUCAUCAGCAUAUCUUUCAUAAUAUACUUGAAAUCAACCAGAUAAUAAUCCUUCAUGAAAAUUGUUCAUGCGAGAGAAAUGUGUGUGUGUGUGUGUGUGUGUGUGUGUGUGUGUGUGUGUGUGUGUUCUCAGACGACCAAAAAUUAAGCAUUCCUCUCGGCUCACAUUCACACUUUUUUUUAACAGUAAAUUGCCAGGAGUGACAUGUUCUCAUCAUUAAAAAAAGACAAAGAGCAAAAGUUUAUAUUUCUCGAAAAUAGUAACAUUUUAUCGAGAUUCCAUUAAAAAAGAAAAUAAUUAAAUAACCCUGAGCGUCUUUCACUGUAAAUCUUGGCUAAAAAUCUCAUUGUUUUCCGAGAAUCUGACAAUUUACAAAAAAAUAAACGUGUUUGUAUUUUUUAAUAGGAAAAAAAACGUCAAUUUCCCUGGAAGGCAGUAAAUGUUUUUGAACAGAAACUAAGAAAAUUCAACUUGAGUAUCGUUCAAUAUAAAUCAUGGGGUAAAAAAAAUAUCUCAUUGUUUCGGGGAAUCUUACAAUUUCUAUCAUUACCUUUUUUUCGUUUUAGUUUUAUUUCAUUUCAUUUACAGCAAUAAUUCCAAUAACAUAAGAACAAAAACCAAAUAAACUUAAAAAGAAAAAAAUAUGCAGGAAAAAAGAAACAGAUAAGAAACAAGACGAAUAUGAGAAUAAAACAAAAGGAGCAAAAUGUCAAUGAAAUUUCCCAGCCAUUGUUAAGUUCAAAUUACCUAAUUACGGUGUUUACUCUGAUGGAAUGGUUGACUAAGCUCCUGAACUGUACGAGCAAAAUUCCAGAGGUCAUAUUUCCAAGAUGGCAAAAUCUUACUGGACAAAAUCUCACUGGACAAAAUUUCACUGGACAAAAUCUCAAUAGACAAAAUUACAGAGGACAAUAUCUCACUCGACAAAAUCUUACUGGACAAAAUCUCACUGGACAAAAUCCCACAUGAUAAAAUGUCGCUGGACAAAACCCCAUUGGACAAAAUUUCACUGGACGAAAUCUUACCAGACAAAAUCUCACUGGACAAAAUCCCACCAUCAAAAUAGUAGAAAAUAAAAAAAUCCCAAGGGCUCGAAUCAUUUCUAAUAAUCCUAAUAUCCGGUGAAAUUAACGUUAAGUCUUCGUUUAGCUAUUCAGUUAUAGGACUAAAUCGAAUCUUUCCUUCAAGGAGUUCAAUUCAUCUUCGAACCCGGUUUCGAAUCCGAGUCUUUUUUACAUGUAAAUUGACUUGGUUUCUAUCUCUUUUUUUUACAAUAACCGAUUGUUUUUACUGGUUUUCUGUACCUUCGUCUGGACUGGUUCUCAAGUUCAUGGUCUUGACUGUUUCUCUAGUUCUUGGUAUUGACUGGUUCUCUAGUUCUUGGUAUUGACUGGUUCUCUAAUUCUUGUUCUUGACUGGUUCUCUAGUUCUUGGUCUUGACUGGUUCUCUAGUUCUUGGUCUUGACUGGUUCUCUAGUUCUUGGUCUUGACUGGUUCUCUAGUCUUGACUGGUUCUCUAGUUCUUGAUCAUGACUGGUUCUCUAGUUCUUGGUCUUGACUGGUUCUCAAGUUCAUGGGCUUGACUGGUUCUCUAGUUCUUGGUAUUAACGGGUUCUCAAGUUCAUGGUCUUGACUGGUUCUCUAGUUCUUGGUAUUGACUGGUUCUCUAGUUCUUGGUUCUUGACUGGUUCUCUAGUUCUUGGUCUGACUGGUUCUCUAGUUCUUGGUCUUGACUGGUUCUCAAGUUCAUGGGCUUGACUGGUUCUCUAGUUCUUGGUAUUAACGGGUUCUCAAGUUCAUGGUCUUGACUGGUUCUCUAGUUCUUGGUAUUGACUGGUUCUCUAGUUCUUGUUCUUGACUGGUUCUCUAGUUCUUGGUCUUGACUGGUUCUCUAGUUCUUGGUCUUGACUGGUUCUCUAGUUCUUGGUCUUGACUGGUUCUCUAGUUCUCGGUCUUGACUGGUUCUCUAGUUCUUGGUCUUAACUGGUUCUCUAGUUCUUGGUCUUGACUGGUUCUUUACUUCAUGGUCUUGGCUGGUUCUCUAGUUCUUGGUCUUGACUGGUUCUCUAGUUCUUGGUCUUGACUGGUUCUCUAGUUCUUGGUCUUGACUGGUUCUCAAGUUCAUGGUCUUGACUGGUUCUCUAGUUCUUGUUCUUGACUGGUUCUCUAGUUCUUGGUCUUGACUGGUUCUCUAGUUUUUGGUAUUGACUGGUUCUCUAGUUCUUGGUCUUGACUGGUUCUCUAGUUCUUGGUCUUGACUGG